ACUCUUGAUGGAAAGACAAGAGUCAGCCAGAGAUCAUGGAUGGGGGUGGGUCUACCAAGCCUCAGCCAAUCACAGGCUGCUCUCUAAUUGGCUUCCACUUUGGAUAGUUUUUCCGAAGCAGGGAGGUGCGGGGGGCAUUUGCCAGUCUCCUCCUGUUCUACAGGGAUGUGCUGUUAGCAGGACAGUCAGGCCUGGACAGCCCAGGACUGAUGACCAGGAGGCUGGAGCAGCACAUCCGGCAUCUCCGCUGGGGAGCUGGUGGCUUCAGGCCUGCAGAGGGGAUGGUAGCCAGCUGCUGUAAGGCACAGAUCAGCUGCUGCUGCGGCCCGGCCCCCUGCGGCCCCUGCUGCUCCUGCUGCCCCAGCAUUAAGGUGUCCACGGGGAGCCGCAUCCUCUACACCCUCUUCCACGUCCUGGCCUCCACGGUGUGCUGCCUCGUGCUCUCCCGCACCAUCUCCGAAGCCGUCAAGGAGAACGUGCCUUUCUACGCCCUGCUCUGUGAGCGCCUCCCCCGGGGCAUGGACUGUGACAUGCUGGUGGGCUACUCGGCAGUCUACAGGGUCUGCUUCGGCACCGCCUGCUUCUACCUGACGCAGGCCGUCUUCCUGAUCAACGUGAAAUCCAGCAGCAGCUUCCGCGCCCUGCUGCACAACGGAUUCUGGUUCCUGAAGCUGCUGAUUCUGAUCGGGCUUUGUGCAGCAGCCUUCUUCAUCCCUGAUGACCGCUUCCUGCAAGCCUGGCACUACGUGGGCAUCUGUGGCGGUUUUGCCUUCAUCCUCGUCCAGCUGGUGCUGAUCACAGCCUUUGCCCAUACCUGGAACAAGAACUGGCUGCUGGGCGCGUCCCAGGACAAGCGCUGGUACCUGGCCGUGCUGCUGGCCACGCUCGGAUUCUACACCAUUGCCUCCGCGGCCGUCUCCUUCCUGUACAAGUACUACACCCACCCAGCUGGCUGCCUGCUCAACAAGGCCCUGCUCACCCUCAACGCCAGCCUGUGUGGGCUCCUGUCCUUCCUCUCCAUCACACCCUGCGUGCGGCUCAAACAGCCCCGCUCAGGCCUCCUGCAAGCGUCUAUCAUCAGCUGCUAUGUCAUGUACCUCACCUUCUCGGCCCUGUCCAGCCGCCCGCCCGAGAGAGUGCUGUACGAGGGGCAGAACCUCACCAUUUGCUUCCCUAGCGUCAGCAAGGACGGGCUGCAGACAGAAGACACCACGGUUGCCAUCCUGGGAGCCACCAUCAUGUACGCCUGUGUUCUCUUGGCGUGUAACGAGGCCUCCUACCUUGCUGAGAUGUUUGGGCCCCUGUGGAUGAUCAAAGUCUACAGCUUUGAGUUCAAAAAACCCUCCUGUUGCUUCUGUUGUUCUGACAAGACAGGGGAAGAGCUGGAAGAGCGGGUAUGUGAGCGGGAGGAGGGGCCUGCAGGGCGGCAGAGGAUCAUCUACAAUGAGCAUCAGCACGUCGUUUACAGCUACUCGACCUUCCACUUCGUCUUCUUCCUCGCCUCGCUCUACGUCAUGAUGACCCUCACCAACUGGUUCAGCUACGAGAAUGCGGAGCUGGAAACGACCUUCACGCACGGCAGCUGGUCGACGUUCUGGGUGAAGAUGGCCUCGUGCUGGGCCUGCAUCCUGCUGUACUUCUGGCUCCUCCUGGGCCCCCUGUGCUGCUCCGACUUCCGCCAGCGCCGGAGGGGCAGCCUGCGCCUGCUGCGACGCCGGCGCCCCCUCCAGCCGAUCAGCGUCUCCACGUAGCCCCGGCUGCUGGGACCGGACAAGGUGCUGGCUGCUGAGCUGCAGCCGCCCGGGGCGAGCGCUGGGCCGGGCAGCUGGCUGCAGGGCUAUGGGGAUGGAGGGACCGGGGCAGGGCCCAAGCAGCCAGUUCAGGAUCGGGGGGCAGGGCUGCCCGCCCUGCCUGCCAGACAUGGCUCUGGACUGGCUCCAUGUACCGAAGAGCCCCCAGGCGGGGCUGCGGACUCCGGCAAGUGCAGCACCCACCUGCCCUGCUCUGCCCACUGGCCUCGGCCUUGAGGAUGACCCACACUGGCUCGUCCCAACCACUGCCAUCGGGGAGUAGGAAACUGCUGAGAAAUCCAAGCUGGAGCCCAGAUCAGGUCCAGGGCCGCCCCUGGGCAGGAACUCCCCCAGCGCCAGCGGUCCGGGGACAUCGCCUCAGCAUGGAGUCUCACAACCAUCAUCACAGACACCUAGGCCGGACGCUGGCCUUCAGGGACCUCGCACAAGACUGGCUUGUCUCUAGCAGCUUCUGCUAGUCAGACCUGCCCCUCUCUGGUCCAGCCGGGGGCUCCUCGGGCAGGAUGUCUUUCAUGUGAGGCCCAGAGCACGGGGCAGUGGCUGGGCUGGGCAGUCGCCAUGCCCCUCACACCUCACCUGCAGCUCCUGCUGUCUUGGCCUUGAGAGGGCGUCUGUAAGGCUCUGCCCCAGCCUGCCUGGAGGCCUGCAGGUGCUGUGGCCUGGCUGCCCCACUUUGGUGACUGACUGUCCUGCUUCCUGGAGGCACACCAGCCUGCCCUCCAGUCAUGCAGUGCAAGGCGAGUGGGCCUGUAAAUAGCUCCAAGGUGACUGUUUCUACAUAAAGCCUUGAGCUGA